CGGAAGACAACUUCAACAUAAACUACAACCUACGCUCUUUUCUGUUCUUUCCCCUUUUUGCACUCCGACCACUGUAGCAUCUCACAAGAAUACAACUCUCAAGCGCGGUCAUUGUUUCCAAUUUGCGACUCAUUGGCCAUUCACUACCGAGUAAAGACCCCUCCAACGUUGGUUGGCAUCGCUUUAUCGGUUUCAUCCUGCCACUAAACUCAACCGCUACGACCCCUCGGCCACGCCCUCGAUAUUUCUGCAUGAUCUCUUCACCAUGAUUGUCAAUCUAUCGGUCCUGGCAGUCGCUGCCACACUGCUGUCUUCCAACUCGUUGGUCGUAGCUGUGUCGUCGUCGGACAUCCCCUCCGACUUGCCUAUCUCCGCACUAUUAUCGUCUGCCAACGCUCAUCUGGCGAAAGGAGAGACCAACGAUGCUCUUACUUAUUACGAUGUUGCCAUUUCCCGAGAUCCCCAGAACUAUUUGACUUAUUUCAAGCGGGGAGCAACAUACCUAUCACUCGGGCGAACCGCGCAAGCGACCAAGGACUUCGACAAAGUCCUAAGCAUCAGACCGGGCUUUGAAGGGGCUCUGCUCCAACGUGCGAAGAUACGGGCGAAGUUUGGAGAUUGGGACGCGGCAACGAAGGAUUUCCUGGCCCAUGGCAAUUCAGCAGAUGAACUCGCUCAACUCGAGGAGGCCAAGGGGGCAACCGCUUUAGCCUUUGACGCUGAAAAGACAGGAAACUGGGAAGAGUGUAUCACACAGGCUGGCGCUGGAAUUCUGACAGCCAGCAAGAUGCUUUCAUUGCGAAAGACUCGAUCGAACUGUCGAUUCCAGCGUGGGGAGGUUCUGGAAGGGAUGAGCGAUUUGAAGCACAUCUUGCAAAUGCAACCUGGUGACAUUCAACCUCAUAUGCAGAUCGCUGCCAUCACUUAUUACGGAUUGGCCGAUCAGGAACAUGGAAAGGAUCAAUUGAGACAAUGUCUACAUGGUGAUCCAGAUUCCAAACCAUGUAAGAAGCUAUAUAGAAAGAUGAAGAACAUGGACAAGGCCUUGGAGAAAGUCAAUAAACAUUUUGAAAAGAGCCAAUACGCAAGUUCUUUGAAGACCUUGUUACCUGCUGAGGAAGACGCUGGAUUGGUGCAGGAUAUCAAGGAUGAUGUCAAAGACUUCCGAGCGGACGGAACCAUUCCAGAACAUGCUCCAAAUGCGCUGGUUACUAAAGUUGUCGAAAUGGUUUGCGAGGCGUACCAUGAGGUAUGUGAUUCCCUGCAAAGUACCGUCAUUGAUAUUGACGUGAAUAGAUGAAAAACUACAAGAAGGCAAUUCCAUGGUGUGAUGAGUCUCUCACUUAUGACGAGAACUCGCUUCACGGACUUAUUUCCAAGGCCCAAAGACACAUGGAGGCUGAGAACUUUGAAGCUGCAAUCCAGACUUUGAACACGGCAAAGGAGCACCACCCAGAUGCCCAAAAAUUGAAUCAACUUCUACACAAGGCUCAAAUUGAACUCAAGAGAAGUAAGACUAAGGAUUAUUACAAGAGUUUGGGACUACCACGAGAUGCGGAUCCUGUGCAAAUCAAAUCGGCCUACCGAAAAAUGGUCAAGAUUCAUCAUCCUGAUAAGGCUCACAUCCAGGGAAUAUCUAAAGAGGACGCAAAAAAGAAAAUGGCCUCGGUUAACGAAGCCUAUGAAGUUCUCAGUGAUCCUGAGCUGAAAGCAAGAUUCGACCAAGGAGAUGACCCUAACGACCAUGAGCAGCAACGACACAACCCAUUCCAGGGAUCGCCAUUCGGAGGUGGAUCACCAUUUGGACACAGUCACGGGGGCCAACAGUUCAACUUCAAAUUUGGUCAAGGUGGAUUCCAGUUUGGAUAAGAGGAUUGGAGGCUGUGUGUUUUGGUUUUAUUGGAGUUAAUUAGUCUGGCGGCGUCCACAUCAUGUUGAAAUGCACGAAGUUA